AGUCACGGUGGAGACACGCAGGCGACACCCCCACGCCCCUCGACGCCCGCGCUGGUGUGCGUGGCUGCUGCACCGCCUUCACCCGAGCUGCUACCGCGUGCACGUCCCCGCCACGCUGCAGGAGGACGUGCUGGCCAGGGUCGCCGCCAGGGAGGCAGUCCCCGUCGAUCCUAACAAGAUGGACGUUCCUCACGAUUACAAGCUACUGUUUGAGGAGAUCGUCAGGAGACUCAAGCUCCUCGAGGCCUCUCACAUGCACUAGCGCUCCGCCCCCCCACGCCCCGCCUGCUGCAGGACGCGCUUGCUUCUCACCAUGCUGUAAAGUGAGUGUGUUUGUUUGAGCCUGCCUCACAAUGGCUGGCGCGUGCACUGUCACUACACCCAGGGUCGGCAAGACAGGCCCCUGGAAGGAGCGUGGCCUGCCCAGUGCCCACUCGUCCCGGUGUUGUGUUCAUGGCUGCCCCCUUGUUCGUGGCUGUCCGCUCUUUCUUUACAAACAAAAGGCUGACUGCUGUGAAUGCUUUAUGGGGUCUAUUCCAUCUAUUUCAUCCCUAUAUGUGGCUGAUCUCUUAAGAAACUUGUCACUCAUGUUGAUGACACCAUGGAGUUUUCCUCCUGUACGUUGCCAUCGCCCCGUACGUUGCUAUCCUCCUGCACGUUGCUAUCGCCCGCAAACUGUGCAUGCGCGGAACCCAAUGUUGACAAACAAAGGCGUGUUGAUAAACAUUCUGUCCGCUGCUGUCCACCACCACACUGCUGAAGACUGUUGACAGAUUAGCCAGAUAUAGAAAUGGAACAAACCUUACAAAGUGUUCACAGCAGAGACGUGCACGCAGCUCGCUUAUCACGGGGCGCACAGGACGUGUGGAGACAGGAUGUAACAAGAUAGACAGACCACUCCCCCCUAUCUCUAGAUCUUGGACCUAAAGGCCACGCCGCAUCGCGCCGUCCUACCUUUCGCUAACACUUAGUGCGUUGUCUCAACUCUUCACACACGCACACACGCGCACACACAGAGCCAUGGCGAGCGUCCUGCCAUUGCUGCUGUUGCUCCUGCUCCUCCUAGUGCUGGGUCUCGGAGGCGCACCACGCCCCACCCUGGCCCUGAACUGCAGUGUUGCUGUAGUGGAGGAGGGACAAACAAAGCCCAUCAGCAUCAAGCCCGCCAAAUCUCAAAGGAUUUUUGGGUUUAUGAGGCCUGAGAGUGACUUCAAGGGCGUCCGUCUUGAGCUGCAGGAAAGGAACGGCACGCCCCGCACCGCCUGGUUCCCUGCCAGCAGGGAGUGUUUCCCGCGCAAUGGCAUGUGGCUACAACUCCAGACGAAUAUAGAACCAUUAACCUCAGGGGAUUUUCGUUUAAUCUUCCACACUUCUGCAUGCCGUAAGGAAUGCUUGUUACAAACAACAUCCAGUUUCCAUAUCAUCAGUAUGGCGGCUGCCGGCCCCUCCAGCUUGUACAGAAGUAAAGACCCACCCAUUAACUGUGAGUGGGACCUCAUGCCCUUCUCGCGGCACAACAACCAGAGCACUCGCACUCCCUUAUCCCCUUGCCAGGACGCCCCAUCCAACACCACCACCACCACCACCACGACCACAUCGAUGAAGCCUACCUCCACCUCCACCAAAACCACUUCGACCGCAUCGAUGAAACCUACCUCCACCUCCACCAAAACCACCACAUCGCGGGAAUACUCCACCACCGCCACCACCACCACAUUGCUGCCCCUGAGUGUGGUGAUGUUAGUGGUGUUUGUGUUGGUGUUUACGGUGGGGUAUCUGGCGGUGUUCUUGGUGUUGGCGGUGCGUCUGCGGCUACACCUUGCAACAUUAACAAAUGAGGUGAUGUUCCUGCGUGGCGGCUUGCAGUCCACCUCCAGCAGGGAAAAGACACUCCUGCAGGCCGCCGCGUCCCACUCCGCCGCUCGCCAAGGCAUGGAGUCACAGGCUGCACAGAACUUUGAAGAGCAGACGUACGAUGUGUUGGUGCUGUAGUGCGAGAUGGAGCCGCGGCAGAACUGCAGGGGAUGAGAGGCGCUGAGGAAAUAAUUUAAGAAGACUCAUUAAAUUUAACAGUUGUGGAAUCUGCUGAGUUUGCACAGAUGCCAUUUGUAAUACGCACUAACUUCAAUAGAUAUGUGUAUGAAUUUUAGUGCAUAUAUAUCAUACCACUGUGUUUGUAUGUCAGUUAUGUUUAUAAGCAAUAUUACACUGACAAGUAACAUGCGUCAGCCGAUUAAAGUUAAAAAAGAGGCGGG